AUCCUAACUAAUCAAAUGGUAAUUCCAUUUAUCAAAUUAUUUACCAUUACUUUAAUAACAAAUUUUGGACUCGACAAGCUUGCAGAAAUGAAUGAAUAUCACCAAACUAAACAUUUUAUCAUGUGCCACAAAAAUUGGAACCGCAACUUGUAGAUUGAAAGCUUGAGAGCCCAUUAUCAACUUAUGCAGUUGAUAACACUUGACCCACAGGUUGGGCCUGGUUAGACGGCAGCAAAAUCAUAGGCCUGAAACGUUUUGCCUUUGGGCCGGCGGCUCGUCACAACGGGCUUGUGUCAGCAACCCAAGUUAGCCCUGUGAAGUACCGAUAUGUGGACCUUCGCUGCAAGGGGGAAACAACGCGAACCACCAAAUGUAAUUGUGGGACAAGAAUCCAAGUAAUCGCAUACCAAAACAAAAACCAGACAUCUUCCAAUAAACCAUAGGAUGACAUUAGAUUAGAUUCUGUAUGCCACGUGGCAACCCGCCACUCAUCCUCCUAUCCUUCAAGAUAAGCCUCUCCUUCCCGCCUUUCUGUAUAUUACACCCAACAACCACUCAACUUCCCCUUCAGUCACGCCCAAAAGAAAAAGAGGAAGGAAGAGAACAAACAUAACUCAAAGGGAAGCAAAAAUGGCUUCUGUCUGUGCUUCCUCUGCCAUUGCAGCCGUCUCUUCUCCCAGUUCACAGAAGAAUGGAUCUGCUGUUGCGGCAACCAAGGCAGCUUUCCUAAGCGGGAAGAGAUUGAAUGUGAGGAAGUUGACGUCAUCCCCGGUCGCCCGACAAGGCGUUACGGUUUGUGCUGUAGCCGACCCGGAGAGACCCAUCUGGUUCCCCGGCAGCACUCCUCCGGCGUGGCUCGACGGCACCCUCCCCGGUGACUUCGGCUUCGACCCACUUGGCCUAGGAUCCGACCCAGAAACCCUGAGGUGGAACGUUCAAGCCGAGCUGGUCCACUGCCGGUGGGCGAUGCUGGGUGCGGCCGGGAUCUUCAUCCCGGAGUUCCUGACCAAGAUCGGGAUCCUCAACACGCCGUCGUGGUACACCGCCGGCGAGCAGGAGUACUUCACCGACACCACCACGCUUUUCAUCGUGGAGCUCAUCUUCAUCGGUUGGGCCGAGGGCCGCAGAUGGGCCGACAUCCUGAAGCCCGGAUGCGUCAACACCGACCCAAUCUUCCCCAACAACAAGCUGACCGGGACCGACGUCGGGUACCCGGGAGGGUUGUGGUUCGACCCGUUGGGUUGGGGCAGCGGUUCGCCGGCAAAGCUCAAGGAGCUGAGGACCAAGGAGAUUAAGAACGGGAGGUUGGCUAUGUUGGCUGUGAUGGGUGCUUGGUUUCAACACAUCUACACUGGGACCGGGCCCAUUGACAACCUCUUUGCUCACCUUGCUGAUCCUGGUCACGCCACCAUUUUUUCUGCAUUCACCCCGAAGUGAGGAAGGAAUGGUUCAAGGGAAGGUGAAAAUGGGGAAGUAAUUGUGAUAAAUUUGUAAGUUGUCCAUGGGGAAGCAAGUGUGUGUUGUUUUUUUGAGUGGUGGACAUUUGUAAUGACCCUUUGUUGGUGGUGUUCUAGUGGAAGGAUGGUUCAAUGUACAAAAGUUUAGAAACUCCUCUUGUACUUAAUUUAGAUGCCAUGAACGUAUUCUAUGGUAUGCUAGUUACAUAUCAGAAAUAAUGUCUGAUAUAUUUGUGAGUCAUACUUCAGCACCCGAUCUCGAAUUAUAUGGCACUUGAUCUCGAUAUGUUUGGUCCUUUCGUGAAAUCUUGAAUUUUCCUACUGGUGAAUUGUUCACUAAUUAUCCAUCAAGAUUUGCAAGCCUAGUUUUCAUCUCAACUGGUCUGUUUGGAGGCUUAGAAUCUGCAAAAUCUGAAGCAACGAGCAAUUCUAAACAAUACUUCCUCGGAGGACACAAAAUCCCCUUAUCUAUCUUGCUGCCACCACCACCACUAAGAAGUAUUUCAACCUUCCAACGCCUCUGACUUUAAAUUAUGAAUUCAAGAAUCCUUUGACUUCAAUAAUGAGUUUGAGGUUAUUUCCAGAUCGAUAUGAUCAGGUCAUCCACGUACAUCAACAUUAUCACUAACCCUCUGUUAGUGUUUUUUUAGCAAAUAAGGAAUAGUGUGAGAUUGAUUGCACAAAGUCAAAUCUCAAUAGAGUCUCGGAUAACUUUGUGAACCACUGUCCACUGACCAAUUUCAUGCCAUACAAUGACUUCUUUCACCUGCAAACUUUCCCCUUUCAUUGGUUCAUCUGAUUCCAAUCUCAAAGGAAGUUUCAUGAACAGUUCAUGAUCAAGGUUUCCAUGCAAGAUGCAUUACUAAAAUUAAGCUGCUCAAGAUGCCAACCAGUCACUGUUGCAACAAGCAACGUCUUCCUCGUGUUCAUAUUCACCCCUAGGGAGAAAGUGUCCAAGAAAUACAAUUCAUAUACUUGGAUAAAUCAUUUUUCAGCUUGACUUACUUAGUUUCUUUCUAUGAAGUUUGAUCUUGUAUUCUCAUUUAUUCCCCACUGAUUUCUUGUCCACUAGACAAUCCACAGUAUCUCUUGAGAUAAUGGGACUUUUACAGCUUGCCUCUUUUACGGCUUCGUGGUACCAUAUUGGUAACAGUAAGUAUAUAGUCCUUGUGUUUCUCUGGCAGGUUCUCACAAUUGAGUAUAUUAUCUAGUGGAACCUUAGCAUGAGCAUACCCUAAGAAGUAGACAGAAAUGUAUCAUGAAAUUCUUGCCACUCUAUUUGAUCAUCUCGAUCUAUGGUUGUCUGGAUAUGGUUCACAAUCGUCAGCAUCUUGAUCAUCAUCUUCUUUAUCAUAUUAUGGAACUUCAUAACCUCAUCAAUAUCAUUGAUAUGCUCAAAUGUUAGAUUUGCAGUUGCACAGUCUUCUUCAUCACCAUAAACAAAAUUAGAUUGGCAGGUAUCUGGAUUAUGAUGAUUAAAUGUCACACACAUUCGAGCAUUCUUAAAUAAGAGUAACCAUGCAUGGUAUUUUGUAUAAUCUUUCAAGGGAUUUUUUAUUCAUAAACAAGUGUGGAAAGUCUCUUCAUAAUAGGGAUUGUAUGCAAAAUACAAUCACGCCAAAAUCUAAGAGGUAAAUUAGUUUGAAAUCUCAAUGCUUUGUUAAUGUUUAGAAUAUCAUGGUAUUUUCUCUCAACCCUUACAUUAUGUUCUUGCCUCUCCACAUAAGGCAUUUGAUGCAUUAUUUCUUUAUAGUUAUAUAAAUCAAGCAUAUGGAACUCAUUCCUUGAUCACUUAUAUUCACCUUUAACUUAAUUUCCAAUUUGGUUCUCAACCAUAACACAAAACCUUUGCAAUAAAAAUGACAUUCAUAU